AAAAUGAUUAUUCCUUUAUGCCUAGAAAUUUUGUCCAUUUGAAAUGAAAGAAAUGUCACAAUAAGUUAAAUCAAAUCAAAUGAGACGAACUGUUUUUUUUGGAGACACUUUUUUUAGACACUUUUAGUUUCUUACACGCAGAUAAUCAUAAAGUCUCUUACUUUAGACUAAAGAAUUGUAGCUGUUUAAACUUAACCGGCCUCGAUUGGCUUGUUCUUUAUUUUCUUGAACAUGAUAGUUAUUACUAGAGAACAAGCAAUAUGCAUGUUUUUUCUGCGAGGAAUACAACGAAGAUAUGUCAAAAAACUAACUAAAGAAGUUGAUGAUUUCGUAGAUGGUGAAAUUUGUUAUACAGAAGAUCCAACAAAGCCGAUCAUAUGCUCCCUCAAAACCUUGAAGGCUAAUUCAAAUUACUAUCAGUACCCUGCAACAAUAACGGACAAAGAGUAGCGUGUAGAAUCUUCGAAAGAAUGAAGGUUAUCAUAGAUUUUCAAUUACCUGACAUCUAACUUUUUUUAAAAACAUUUAAAUAAAGCUUUUUACUUGCUAUUA